UAGAAAACUUGAAGGAGGAGAGGGUGGAGGAGCCACGCUCUGCUGCAGACAACUGGAUUCCAGCGGGGACUUGGAAUUGUAGGGGACACCAGCCAGGGAUAUAGGACCAUGUGGCUGCCUCCAGCUUUGCUUCUUCUCUGCCUCCCAGGCUGCCUGUCCCUGGUGGGCCCCAGAUUUGUGACCGGCACUGAGGGGGACUCCCUGACCAUCCGGUGUCGGUACGAGGAGGGUUACCAGGGGUAUAAUAAAUACUGGUGCCGAGGACAGUAUGACACCAACUGUGACAAGAUUGUGGAGACCCAGGGAACUGAGAGAGAAAAGAGAAAUGGCCGUGUGACCAUCAGAGACAACGCUGAUGACCUCACCCUCACAGUGACCAUUGAGAGACUCCACGCGGGCGACGCCGGAUCCUACUGGUGUAAAAUUCAGACAGUGUGGAUCCUGGAUGAGUGGUCACGUGACCCCUCAUUUCAGGUUCGGGUGUCUGUUUCCCCAGCACCUCGUACGACCACAAGACGUAUGGCCACACCUGCCACGUUCCCGGCGGUGACCGCUGGGCAGAAUUUCAGCACCAACCACUGCCCAGGGCUUCCGCUCAGCACUGUCCACUUCCUGUUCCUGAUCUUCCUGAAGCUGCCCCUGUUCCUGGGCGUGCUCGCUGCUCUCCUCUGUGUGAGCAGGUGUCAGAAGGGCUCCGGAGGUGGACAGAGUCAGCCUGACCAGGGGACUCCACCAUGCCGUCCACCAGCUCCGGAAAAGCCCUGUCCGGGAAUACAGACCUUCCGACUGGACCAGAGAGAUCUGCGGGCUCUGCACUCCAGGGCAGGGAGGCAGCAGUGCCUGGACUCUGCAUGGACCUAAGCCUUUGGGGGGUAUUGUUCCUGUGCCUCCAGGAGGGUCCUGGAUCUCAGAGGACACCGGCUCUGGUCCUCCAGGGGGAGAAAGAUGAAUCUCCAGGCCCCUGUGUCGGGUCCUCCUCUCUGUCCCAGAUCCUCCAGUAUUCUCUGGAAGUUGCAUUCUCAGAAAGCCUGGCUCUUUAUUCUUCUCUGUGGCACAAAAACUUAGCUCAGUGUCCCCCAGGGCAAUAACCACCUCCUCCCUGCAGACAAGAGGCUUCUGGAAGACACACCCCUCACAACUUCAGAUCUUGAGCUCCCUGGACUCCAUUGUCCCCUCUUCUAGGGGUCUCAAACCUAGAACACCACAAGAAUGAGGUGUCGUUUACAAACACAGGAAAGGCAGGCACAGGCUUGAGUGGUGCAUAGCUUAUGUUACUCAGAGAAAUCUAACAGGAAGCCAGAGAUGUGGGUUAGCAGAGCACUGAUGCUGGAGAGGAGUUGGAGGAGAGGUGAAAUCUUCAAGGGAAAAGUUCAGAACCAAGGACAGAGCAUUUGAAGACCAGGUAAGAGCCAGGCGUUUGGGGUUCUGUAUUUUCUUCAAUGGAUCUGUGCGUCUGUCCCUCCUCUCAUGUCACAUUUCUUGAUUACUGUGGCCACAGCAGUAAAUCAACGACAGGUUAAGUGACUGCUAAGCAAGAGUACAGGCAGAUAUAAUUCCUCUCUUUAUUCUUUUUCAAAAUUAUUCUAGUUAUUCUAGUUCCUUUGCCUUUCUGCAUACAGAAAGCUUAUCUUUAGCUACCAAAAAAAUCUUGCUAUGGCUUUGGUAGGAAUUGUGUUAAAGUUAUUCUAUAUAAUAAAAGGCUAAU